AUGAAUAUUUUAAGAGGUUUUUGGAACAGCCCUAUUGAUCCCAAAACAACUCACUUUUGGGGGCCCGUUGCCAACUGGGGCAUCCCUAUUGCUGCAUUUUUAGACACAAAGAAACCACCAGAAAUGAUAUCCGGCAACAUUACUGCAGCUAUGUGCGUUUAUUCGUUGUUGUACAUGAGGUUUGCAUGGAUGGUACAGCCUCGCAACGGUCUCCUCCUUGUAUGUCAUUCCUCGAAUGAGACGGUGCAGCUUUAUCAGCUCUCACGUUGGAUGAAGACUCAAGGGUCGGUUCCUAUUUGAUUCUAUUUUAGUUUUUGUUUUAUUGUUUUUCAUUUAAAAGUAAUGAUUUUAUGGCCAAAUUUAAU